AUGAAGUUCUCGUUAUCCUUUACAGUCAUGGCCUCGAUGGCCGUGGCCGCUUUUGCCGAGGGAGAUGUUUGUCACGAUUCCUGGUCGUACGAUACUACAUUGGGCCAGUGCUCUGCGACUCUUGGUUACGAUCCAUGGGGAUGGACCAACGGCCGAUACGGAAUGUCUGGAUGUACCGACUGUGAUUGUCCCGAUUGCCCCACGGAGGCUCCAACGCCUAAUAUGCCGCCCACUCCCAUCACCCCCGCUCCAACGCCUCCUCCCGUGCCCCUCCCGCAAACUUGCAUCGGCUUUGCUGGUUCGGCUUCGGGUGAUCCUCACAUCAGGACCCUGGACAGGCUUACUUAUGAUUGCCAAGGUGAAGGAGAGUUCCAUCUUUUGAAGUCCAUGACUUCAGGAUUUGAAGUCCAAGCUCGAUUCACGCGAUUUACUCCCGACUCUCGUCCCACCAAGACCGCGGCCGUUGCCUGGAACACUGGAGAUGGUGAACCCAAGAUGCAAGUCAAUGCACCUGACGUCCCUGACGAAGCAGGCACCUGUAUGCCGACAGUCUACGUUGAGAACGUCUUGAAAGAUGUCAUGACGGAAGGUGUUGGCAAUGCCUACGUCCAAGUGGCAAGAUGGGUCAGGCCAAAGAGUGUCAAGUACGUGUUCUACUACCAUAACUCUGGCUUCCAGGUCACUGUCCAGUCAAAGAAGACUUCCCAGUUUGGCUGCGUGCUGAGCGUCAAAGUUUGUCUCCCUUAUGACUGGGAACGUACGAACGAGGCUCUCGUCGGUUUGUUGGGAUCGCCUGAUAACGAUUCAAGCAAUGAUUGGAUGAACAGGCAGAACGUCCCCCAAACCAUCCCGGAGAACAGGAGAGAACGCCUGGGCGAAAUUGCCUACGACUAUUGUGUUGACAACUGGUGCAUCCGCAAGGCAGACGACUCACUCUUCCAUUAUGGCUCUGGUGAGAGCUACAAUGGAUACAAUCAUUGUGCUCUUGGCAAUGACCCAGACACUCAGCAUUGCAUCGAUGACCCACCCAAAGAAGUGGAAGAAGUCUGUGGUAACGAUGAUUAUGAAUGUAUCGUAGAUGGAUGCGCUGGUGGAGAGGAAGAAGCUAAGAACUGGUUGAUCACCGACACAGAGGGUCUGGAAGGAGAAUGUGGACGGGAGGUCUUCUUUGAGGACUUUGACACUCCUUAUGCCACAUCAUGGGGCGAGAUUGCAAAAGGCGACCUUGACACCAGCUUCCUCAGACUUCACAAGGACACCCCGAAGUUCAUCAAACAGUUUACCGUACCCAAAACUGCUGACAUGGUUCGAGUUGAUUUCCUCUUCUACGAGAUUGGACAUUGGGAAGGUGGCGUUGCCGACAGGGACUGGGUGCACUUCUUCGUGUGGGACACUCCUAUUGAUCUUCGCACCUUUGACUCUAAGGUCACUGAGGGCAACGUCAUGGAAUCUUUUGAAGGUUUCACCCGAGGGCUGAACUGGAAACGCAUGGCCGUCACCAAUGCGACGGACAUGGGCUUUGGUUCCAACAAGGAUCAGAUGCACAAGGUUACGGUGAACAUCCCCAGGGCGUACUAUGCAGAUGGCCAGCUACGAAUUGGAUUCCUCGUCAGCAUGUCGCACAGCAAGAAUGAUGAAAGUGCAGGAAUUGACGAUUUCCAGCUUUCAGCAUUGGGUAUCGAGUGUGAUCUUGAGUUUGACCCAGUUCCAGCCAGGGAUGUUAACAUUGAUCCCGUGGAGCUGCCUGUAGCCUGUGAAGAGCGCGUAGCAGUCGUUUGGGGUGAUCCGCACAUCCAGACGUUUGAUGGAAUGGAGUAUGACUGUCAAGGAGAGGGAGAGUUUGUCCUCGCCCAGUCGGAGGACAAGAAGAUGGAAAUUCAAGGGCGGUUGCAAAGGUUCACAAACAACAAGCAAGUCAGUGUGUUGAAAUCAAUGGCAGUGAAGGAGGUAAAUGCAUCCAUAGUUGAAGUUGGACUUGGAGCCUACUCGAAUGGAAAAUGUGAUCUCGACCUGUUUGUCAAUGGCAAGCAAAUUGACCCCAAUUCAGGAUACUUCUUUGAACAUGUGGUCGUUUCGAACCUCGAGGGCCAGGCGAUCGUCAUGUACUACCCUUUCACGGGCCUUCAGGUGGUUGCGGAAUUCCACUACUCCAAAAGUUUUGGCUGCUAUUUGUCGACCAAGAUUUGUGUACCAGACAGCUACCGUUAUGGGCAGAAAAUCAUCGGAUUGCUUGGCUCUAACGACGGAGACCCGAGCAACGAUUGGAUGAGGCCGAACGGCAACACGGUCCCGAUUGUUGGCUCCAUGCGAUUCAGUGCUGCAUACAACUACUGUACGAGCAACUGGUGCAUCACAGAUUUUGAUGACAGUCUCUUCACGCAUGAUAAUGAGGCCUCUUUCAACAGUGUCAGCAAGUGCGACCAGGUGUACACUGGCGGCGAACACGAGGCGUGUGUCAAUAGCCCAUCAACCACACUAGCGGAAAUCUGCGGUGACGACGAGUCCUGUAUCGUUGAUGGUUGCGCAGGCGAUGAUGACGAUGGUAUGGCUGCAAUCGACGACAAGUCUGGUAUUGUGAACGAGAGAGGUUGUGGUAUUGGGCUGUUGGAUAUUGACUUCCAGGAUGGCUCGUAUCAGUAUGGUUUGGUUGCACACGAUCCUUCAAGUGGGCAAGGUUAUCGUCUCUUCUACCAACAAUACGUGCAGUUUGCAUUCACCCUGGGCUCCAUCCCUCCAGUUUCCGAUAGAAUCCGAAUUGAAUUCCUCGUGUACAGUACAACAGACUACAAACACAUCUGCAUGGACUACGGACAAUUCUGCGAACAUAAUAAAAUCCUCGUUGCUUUUGGCACAGCGAACGCACAAACAUUCCUGGAGCUUGACAUGUUCGGAAUGCCGAACCUGAAAAUGCGCGAAUACAAACAAGGAGUGAGGCUCCGCCGUCAGGCGUUGAGUGAAGUCAUUCAUCGAAUCGAGCUUCAGAUCCCCAAGAAAUUCUUCGAUGGAGAUCUCUUUGCUUUCGACAUGAGAACCAUCUUCGGUCACCCUACAUUCAGCCUUGGAAUGGAUGACUUCAAGCUGAAAGCGUACUCAGACAAGUGCAAGCAGAUGAGGACGUUCUACUACUACAAUUACGGCGCCGGUGCUGCCACCAGACGUCUUGAGGGUCUGCGAAUCACUUCAAAUGAUCCUCCCGCCACCAUGACAAUGGCAACACCAGUAUCACGAAGGCUCGACAAGAACUAUGUUCUCGAGGAUCAUCCUGUGUCGCGUGACCUAAGAGGCUCAUUCAAUGUGAAUGUGCAAACCGACGAAUGCCAGUGUAUUUGUCCUUCCGUAUCUGGUUCUAAUGAUCCUUCAACUGCUCCCGUCACAAUGAAUCUGUACAUUGGAGCUAACGAUGUUGACUGCCUACCACAGGGUGACGCAAUUGGCACUGUCACGAUGGCCCCCCACGCCAAUGGAACCGUCACAAUCUCCUAUCAGGUUGAUGCAGGGUACUACAUCACCGACAUCAGCAUCUGGACCGGAGAGGAAGCUCUGCCAGGAUUGGACACUGGAAACGUUCUACCUGCGAUCGAGUUCCCAGUGACAGACUCACCCGAGGCGGGAACUGUUACAGUUGAACACAACGUUGAAGUAAUUAGUUGUGACUUCUACCUUGCAGCUUACGCCCGAGUGUGUGGAGAUUUCCCACCCACACCAGGUCCCACUGCUGCUCCCUCGAAGAUGACGGCAUCACCAACAAGCUAUCCUACGAAAGCUCCUGUUCCGGUUACGGACUCGCCGACCUUCUCUCCCACCGCAACACCCUCAGUGACUCCCACCACAUUGGCUCCUACAAUUGGUGAUCGCACAGUACCUACAACACCAGCCCCCAAGCCAACCCCGGCUGCUCCGACCCCCGCUGCUCCAACCCCGGCUGCCCCUACACCCGCUGCACCCACACCAGCUGCCCCAACACCCGCAGCACCAACUCCCGCUGCCCCAACACCCGCAGCACCAACACCAGGGAGCUACGGUGACCCGCACAUCAUGACAUGGAAUGGAACUGAAUACGACGUGAGUCAAUGA